CCUCUCUUCACACAACAACUCUUCGAGAACUCAAUACUGGAACAAAAUACAGCAAAGUACUGGGGGAAAAGGAAGAGGCUUGAAACUCUCUGAACUAAAGCGAUCUAAGGCAAAAAGUCUGAAGAAACCUCGAAACGAGAUCUACGACAGAAGUAUAUUUUUUUCACUUCUUUUGAAAAGCACGAACAACCGAACAAUGUCUGCAGGAAAAGUGACAGCUGUUCUUCUUUUUGCUUUACUCUGCUGGGUAUCUGAUGCCCAGGAGUGCAGUGGGGAAUGCCAAUGCCCACACAAAGUCCCUGAGUGUGACCCUGGAGUCAGUCUGGUGCAAGAUGGCUGUGGAUGCUGCAAAGUCUGCGCCAAGCAGCUGGGUGAGCUGUGCACAGAAAAAGAUGUCUGCGACCCACACAAAGGACUCUUUUGUGACUUUGGUUCCAGAGUCAACAGAAAAAUUGGAGUCUGCACUGCUAGAGAAGGUGCCCCUUGUGUGUUCGGAGGAACAGUGUACAGGAGUGGAGAGUCUUUCCAGAGCAGCUGCAAAUACCAGUGCACUUGCCUGGAUGGGGGAGUGGGAUGUGUUCCUCUCUGUAGCAUGGAUGUUCGUCUGCCCAGUCCUGACUGCCCCUUGCCACGAAGGGUAAAACUGCCCGGCAAAUGCUGUGAAGAAUGGGUGUGUGACCAGCCAGUGGAGAAAACCAUGGUCGGACCUGCUCUGCCUGCUUUUAGAAUGGAAGAAACCUAUGGUCCUGAUCCUUCCCUGAUGCGUGCCAAUUGUCUGGUGCAGACUACUGAGUGGAGUGCUUGCUCAAAGACAUGCGGUAUGGGAAUCUCUACUAGAGUGACAAACGACAACGAGCACUGCAGACUGGAGAAGCAGAACAGACUCUGUAUGGUCAGACCUUGUGAGGCUGAUCUAGAGGAAAACAUUAAGAAAGGAAAAAAAUGCAUCCGUACUCCUAAGAUCUCCAAACCAGUCAAGUUCGAAUUUUCCGGCUGCACCAGUGUGAAAACAUAUAGAGCCAAGUUUUGCGGGGUGUGCACCGAUGGUCGUUGCUGCACUCCCCACAGAACAGCCACACUCCCAGUGGAAUUCAAGUGCCCUGAUGGUGAGGUCAUGAAGAAGAAGAUGAUGUUCAUUAAGACAUGUGCAUGCCACUACAACUGUCCCGGGGACAAUGACAUCUUCGAGUCAAUGUACUACAGAAAGAUGUACGGCGAUAUGGCAUAAAGCAGCAGAACCACACUUUAAAGACUCAGUAACUUGAAAUGACUUUGCAUCUCAUCCCUAAACAUAAUUCUAUAGCACAAGAACAUAUUUAAGAUUGUUUAAAGGAAAGUCUUUUUUUCUAAGACUUAAAUGUUGAUUGACCCCAGCCGUUGGUUUGAAGAAAGAGAGACGAACCAGACUGUCGCAGGUGUGCUGGGUGCAAUGUAAAGUCACCAUUAACACGACAGCCCUGUUUGUAAGCAGUAUUCACUGAGUGUGGUGAUAUAUGUUGCACCCAGACAUGCAACUGGAAAUUAAAAGCUCUUAAUAUUUCUAUAUUUAGUAUAUGAUGAACUGGCACUAAGUCAGUGAAAGCUGGAGUUUAUACUCUGGCUAGCUUAAGGUUCUAAAACUAAUUGUCCUUUUGGAUAAGUUCCUUUCUAGCAACCUCUAAGUACAGUUGGGUGUAAUUGAAACUAUGUCUGUUACAAGACUGGAAAGCAUGCAAUUAUGUCUUUUGCAUGCUGUGAGCGUUCUUUUUAUUGUUAUUGUACAUAGUGUAUAUAUAUUUUUGUACAGUUAUCUAAAUUAACUUAAAUUCAUUGUGUUCCUGUUUUUAUCAUUUUUAUAAUGCUUUAAUAUUUUGAUGUUAACCUGUUUUUUUAUUAUUAUUAUUAUUAUUAUUAUUAUUGUAAGUUUCCCAUGCUAAUUUGAGCAUUGGCUCAAAGCAUGAAACAGAUGGAAAUAAUGAUCAGUUACACGGGUGACUGGUCAGUUGACUCCAUGAUUGUGCCGUAUGUUGGUGGGAUAUAGGCUGUGUUGGUUGCACUGAAAAAGAUUGUAUUUCUUUAACCAUUUGAGAGCAAAAUGGGUGAGCAUAUCAACAUGUAAGGCACUCAAAGGGUUAUCCAGUGCUGAAUUCACAGAUAAAUGGCAAUUCUGAAACUGAUCAAAAUAUUCACUCGACGCAUUUGUUUCCUUCUUUGACUGUGCCUGUUUUCUGUUUUUCAACAUUUUGUUAUGUGUUGAGACGUGUGACCAAAUGGUACAUGUUUGCACUUUCCUAGAUGAAAAAAAUAAAAUAUUUUAUUUUUUAUACAAA